AUCAUUUAUUAAAUAGUCUACUUGCAAAUCCCUUGCUCUCGACUUAUUUAUUCCAUGCGUCUCUCCGUUUGUAGCUACGAGAUCAAUAUAGCUAUGUCUUUUUCCGAUUACAUCGUGUCUCGUUCUCUUCCAAUAUGGUUUUUUAUUUACCUCAUAUUCUUAGUAUUACUCGGAAAAUCUCAAAAGGAAGUUCUGCAAGUUAAAGUGGGAGUCGUUCUUGACACUAAUUUGACAUUAGCAGAUUUGAGCUUGCGAGCUAUCAACAUGUCCCUGUCGGAAUUUUAUAAUACUCAUAAUCGCUUCAAAACAAGGAUUGUCCUCGACAUCCGAAACUCCAAAGGAACUGUUGUUGGUGCUGCAGCUUCAGCUUUAUACUUGAUAAAUAAGAGGAAAGUGGUGGCCAUUAUUGGACCAGGGAGUUCAAUGCAAGCUCCAUUUUUAAUCAACCUCGGAAACCAAUCUCAAGUUCCAAUCGUUUCAUUCUCCGCAACAAGUCCUCUUCUUGAUUCCCUCCGAAGUCCAUAUUUCAUCAGGGCCACAUAUGACGAUUCAGCUCAAGUUCACGCCAUUAGCGCCAUCAUAGAAUCAUUUAGAUGGAGAGAAGUUGUGCCUAUUUAUGUAGACAAUGAGUUUGGAGAAGGCAUUCUUCCUUACCUAGUCGAUGCUUUUCAAGAAAUUAACGUUCGUAUCCGAUACCGAAGCGCUAUAUCGUUUUAUUCAUCUGAUGAUCAAAUCAGGAAAGAGCUUUACAGACUAAUGACCAUGCCCACUAGGGUUUUUAUCGUGCACAUGUUGCCUGAUCUCGGGAAGAGGAUUUUCUCGAUAGCGCGGGAGAUUGGUAUGAUAAAUAAGGGUUAUGCAUGGAUUGUUACAAAUGGGAUAAUUGACCAGAUGAGUUUACCGGGAGGACCAAGCUUGGAGGAUAUGCAUGGUGUCGUGGGUGUCAAGACAUAUUUCUCUAGAUCAAAAGAGCUAGCCAAUCUUGAAGCUCGUUGGCGGAAAAGAUUUGGAGGAGAAGAGCUAAGCCAUUUUGGAUAUUGGGCUUAUGAUGCUGCCACAGCGCUUGCAAUGUCGGUUGAGCAAAUAAGUAACGUAAACAUGAGUUUCAAUACGACCACAAACACUUCGAGAGGUGACAAUGGGACUGAUCUUGAUGAUCUCAACGUAGCUCUAUCUGGUCCUAAGCUACUUCAAGUGUUAUCAACGGUCAGUUUUAAAGGCGUCGCCGGGAGAUUUCUGCUAAAAAACAGAAAGCUAGAGCCAACGACGUUCAAGAUAAUCAACAUAGAGGACAGUGGGGAACGAACAGUUGGAUUCUGGAAGUCAAAAGUUGGACUAGUGAAGAGGUUAGGAGUGGAUCAAAUAGGCACUAACAUCUCACACGGUUCGCGUCGACUUAGACCAAUAAUAUGGCCAGGGGACACUACUCUCGUGCCUAAAGGUUGGGAGAUUCCAACAAAUGGAAAGAAGCUGCGGAUAGCAGUUCCAAAAAAGGAUGGUUUCACCAAUUUUGUUGAGGUAACAAAGGAUGCAAACACUAAUGCUCUAACCAUUACCGGGUUUUGCAUAGAUGUUUUCGACGCGGUAAUGAGACAACUGCCAUAUGCUGUCCCUUACGAGUACGUCCCCUUUGAAACUCCGGAUGGAAGAGCAGAUGGAAAUUACGACAACAUGGUUUAUAAAGUGUUUCUUGGGGAGUUUGAUGGAGCUGUAGGAGAUACCACAAUCUUGGCUAAUCGGUCUAACUAUGUUGAUUUCGCAUUGCCAUUCUCAGAAACGGGUGUUGUAUUUGUGGUUCCUGUCAAGGAUGAGAGAGAGAAAGGAAAAUGGGUCUUCUUAAAGCCUUUAACAAAGAAGCUCUGGUGUAUGACUGCUGCCUUGUUUAUCUACAUUGGACUCAUGGUUUGGACUUUUGAGUACAUAGCAGAUCAAAAUUUCAGGACACAGAGGAUCACUGAACAAAUAUCGAAUGUGUUCUACUUCUCAUUUUCAACCCUAUUUUUCGCACACAGGAAGCCAUCAACGAGCAUUUACACAAGGGCUUUAAUUGUGAUUUGGUGCUUUGUGGUGCUAAUAUUGACUCAGAGCUACACAGCCACACUCACAUCGAUGCUCACGGUUCAAGAGCUUCGACCAACCGUGAGACACAUGGAUGAACUGAGGAAAAGCGGAGCGAAAAUUGGAUAUCAAGAGGGUUCGUUUACAUUGGAAAAGCUAAAGCAACUGGGUUUCAAAGAAUCAAGGUUAAAGACUUAUAGCUCUCCUGAAGAAAUGCAUGAGUUUUUUCUCAAAACGAGCAGCAACGAUGGUAUUGAUGCUGCGUUCGAUGAAGUCCCUUACGUAAACCUUUUCAUGACAAAAUAUUGCAAAGAGUAUACCAUUAUCGAGCCUAGAUAUAAGGCCGAUGGCUUUGGAUUUGCUUUUCCGUUGGGAUCUCCGUUGGUGCCAGAUAUUUCAAGAGAGAUCUUGAACUUAACAGAGGGAGAGAACAUGAGAGCUAUUGAGAACAAGUGGUUCCCUGGAGAAAAAUAUUGUCUGGACCGGAACACAACUGAUACUCCAAUCCAGCUCGAUCACCACAGCUUUCAAGCUCUAUUUAUGAUCGUCUUUGGUACCUCUUUGGUUCUACUCUUUAUCAUGCUUUCUUGUAGAAGAUACUUAGAGGGACGAGGAAACAUGAACGGAGAUCCACCCAAUCCGCCAGGCGAUGGGCCUGAUGACCAUCUUCGUCUACUCUUGCUCAUGUUGGCUUCUAGAAUAUACCAACAGAGGCGAGGCAACAUAAUCGGAGCUCGACCCAAUCCUCCAGGCAAUGGGCCUGACAGCCAAGACAACGCACGAGCUAAUCAAAACCGUGAUGUUACUGAAGGUGGACAGGGAGCCAAUGAAACUGGUGGAGCUGCUGAACCAGCUGAUAAUGAUCAUUGUAUUGUGGAAGUUAAUGAAGGAGUUAAUGUUGGAGAUGGACAUCAUGAAGCAAAUCGUAUUGGGAAAGUCAAUUUGGAAUUACAAAGGCAACAGUCACAAGCAUGCUUAGUUCGCCGUCGCUCCAACAAACUUUUCUCAGAGAAAAAUAUGCCCUUAGGAAUGGCUCCUCCGCCUGCGAGGAUGCAUUUGGCAUAGUUCAAGAGGUCUUCAAUCAAGGUUUCGGUUUGACUUCAGUUUGAGUUUUUCGGUUUUAUAAAAAUUGUAUUGAUCCUGUAAGAUUGGUUGAAGUUUUUCAAUAAAUGUAUUAUCAACUUGAAUCUUGAUAAGUACCUACUCUUUUAAAAAAAAAAAAACUGAAUUGUAUUAUUAAACCUUCUAGACAAAGAAUUCUAAAAUAAACUUGAUAAGUACCUACUCUAUAAUAGACUGAAAUUGUAAGAGCAUCUAUUCUAUUAAAAGAGAAGUCAUGAUUUAGUUCAUGUGUGAUUUUUUUAAUUUGGACCACCCCUUAGGAAGUUAUUAAAAUUAACUUUUGUAUAAAUAUUUAAAUUAUUUGAGUUAUUCUAAGACAAACUAAUCAAAUAGAUAUUCCUAUAUUUACUCUAAAAUUAUAUCUUAAUAAAAUCUUUUCAUAUCUUUUUAUUUACAAUAUAAAUAAAUAAAUAUAUUUAUUUAUUUAAUUUUUAUUAAAAUAAAAUUUUUAAAUAAUUAAAUAAUUUCGUGUUUAUUUAACAUAAAUGUAUACUAAUUUUUCACUUAAACAAAACUCUUAAAUAUUUAGUUAAUGUCGUGUUUAUUUUAAAAUUAAAUUUAUAUUUCAUUUUAACUAAAACGAACUUUAAAAUUAUCUACCUAAUUUUCUAAUUAUAAUUAAACACAUGUACAAUUUUGUAUUAAUCUGCGAUAUUAAUUUAAUAUAAUAUUUUUCAAUAAAUCUUUGAUCUUUACCAGUAAAAAAAAUUCAAUUUGGAAUUUUGUAUCAACUGAUUUAAAAUAUGAAAAUUUAAAACAAAUAAAUUUAAUUAUUGUAUGUGAACUAUAAAAUUAUUGUGGUUUAAAAUGUUAUAUUAAAUAAUUAAUAAUAUGAUAAAUAUUACAAUUAAUCAUGUAAAACAAAUAAUUAUGUGUGUAAAAAUAAAAUAAUCACCCGCACGGUUGUGCGGGUCGAAAUCUAGUGUUUAAUUAAAAGAGCUAAAAACUAAUUCUUAAAAGUUAAGAGACGGGUUCUUAUAUUCCGGUAAUAACUCCAUCCUAAGAACCUCCAUUAAACAUGAUAAUUAUUUCUACAAGAUAUGCAUACACUAUCUUGCUUUCGUAGUAAGCAUUGCAUUAAAACUAAUCGGAGUUUUGAUAAUGUUUUGCUCGGAAGAAAAAGACAGAAUUUUGAGGAUAAUUUCUGGAGACAGAAAAGAGAAAAAUCUUACGAAUUAAAGUGGAGAAACAUGUAUAUAUGGAUGGAUGUAUAUGCAUGAUUGCCAAUGAUUCACGUUAGGAAAUUAGGAAUGAGAAAGUCAAGUAUUCCAAUUUUAUUCGAAAAUUUAGAUUUGUUAGUAUCUUUAAACCUAAGGACUAUUAUAGAAUAGUAUUUUAACAUAAGCUAAUGUGCAAGUAAAUAUUAUAUUAUAUUUUUUUUUGUGAUCUAUAAUUUUGAUGUUUAUUGUAGAACUUAUUCAAUAUCAAUAUGAUAAUAUAUUGUAAUUUGUAAAAUACAAUCUAUUUUAUUAUGAUUAUCAUAAAUAAUCUAAGAUAUUAUUUGGUUUUAGAAUCUAGUUUAUGACUAUUUUGAUAUGAAUUACACAUAUAUGAGUAUGUUUUUGUGUGUUUAGAGUUUCUGGUUGCAUGUAACCUGUUUUAGAACUAGUUUAGGACUAUAACGCUUGUAAUCUAGUUUAGUGGUUGGUUUUCCUCUUGUGGAGGUCCUCAGAGGGCAUUGUUUCUGUGUUUUAGGGUUUCUGUUUUUUAGUGUAACUGGUUUUGUGGGUCUUUACUUCUGAUUCAGCUCUAAAACCAGAUCCACUAAGGGUUUUUUUUUUUUUGUCAACUUUUGGUUUUAUUAAAAUCAUGCCCAGUGGGCCAUACAAGAAGUUCAAGGAUUUUAGAUUAUACAAUCAGCCCAAAGUGAGCCCAAGAUUAAAAGAUAAAGAUGAACAUAAACCUAACACGUGUAUACUACGUGUUUGCUUCUUGGACGCCACCGCUUCCUUGGACAGAGAAAGAGAAACGUCACCGGAACUUUGCCGAUCAACCUCGUUCAUCAUCUCUGACUCCACUUGAACUGCUUGUUUGCUCUGGUUUCCUUCAAUCGCCAUCUGUUCAGUAAGGAUUUCAUCUCCAAUAUUAGGGUUAAUUCCAGCGAAGAGGCUUCAAUAAGACUGAGACAGAACGUUGUCGGAACGCUUGUCAUACGACAGCUCCAACUCUUCUAUUUCUGCUUCAAAUCUCACUAGCAUCUUCUGACUCUCUAUCUUGAUCAUCAUGGAAACUCCACUUUCUUUACUUGCGAAGAUUUAUUCCUAUUCUGAAUCAAGAGUUGAGCAUGCCAAUAAGAAGAAAAUUAAUUCUCAAGAAACAGAUGGAAUAAGAGUGAAGAACAAAAGGAUAAGAGCUAAGAACACAACAAAAAGAGAUCGGAUCAAGCCGAAAACAAAUUCCACAAACGGAAAAUUUGAUCGGACAAAGCCGAAAUAUUUUAUUCCGCUAACCGGAAGAGACUAGUAUCGCCAAGCGAAGAAAGCUAUCGAUCUAUAGAUCGAAAAGGACAA